AGCGGCGGCGCCUCUCCCUAGCGCCCGCCAUCUUGGCUGCCCAACCCCCGGAAGGGACGGAGAAGGCGGCGGACGGAGAGAGAGAGAGAGCGAGAGAGAGAGAGAAGGAGGCCGAGGAAGGCGCCGGCCCUGAGGGCGAGGAAGGAGGUGGGCCCAGCAGAAGAUGGGGGGAGCAGCCCCUUCCUGACCCACCUCGGGGCCUCCAUGGACCCUCGCCCCCCGGCGCCCGGUUGUGCCAUGGGGGUCGCAGUCAGGGGGGACACCCCGCCUUUGGACACAGGAGGGGCCAGCCCCAGGAGCCCCUGCGUGCAGGACCAGGCAGGCCCCACCGAGCCCCCAAUAGGGAGCCCCCCCAAGAAGACAAGGGAUCCUGAGGAGGAGGAGGAGGAGGCACCGCCACAUGGAGCCCUGCCUUCGCGGCCGGAGGAGGAGGAGGAGGAAGAAGAGGUGACACCACAGCAGCAGCAGCCAGCAGAUGAUGAGCUCCAUGGCGCAGCAGCCCCCAUCCUGGCCCACCCUGAGGAGACGCCAGCCACCAGCACCCCUCCUCGGCCAAAGGGCACCCGCGGGAGGAAGCCCAAAAAAAGAGGCUUUGGCCAGAGGGGGGGCCGCCCCAAGAGCUCCGGAGUGGCGGUGAGCGACAGCCCCGGGCCUUCCCCAAACGGCCCCUCCCUCCUGGCCAAGGUGCCCAAAAAGCGUGGGCGCAAAUCCAAGGCGGAGCUGCUCCUGUUGAAGCUGUCGCAAGGGCCUUCUCCUGAGGAGGAGAAGACGGGCCUGGAGGACGGCCUGGAGACCACGCCUGGGGGGCGCCCGAAGCGGAGAGCGGCCAAAGCGGCCCUUCUGUACCUGCAGGAACUGGCCGAGGAGCUGAGCUCCGUGUGCCAUGCCCCGCUGUGCAGUGAGGCCUCCGAGGAUGCCCCGAAGCCUGAGGAACCUGGACGGAAGCCGCGGGGACGGAAGCCGCGGCGGGACACGUUGGAGGAGGACGCGGACUUUGUUCCUCCGGAAGAGGGGCUCCUGCAGGAGGAGGAGGACGAGGACGAGGAGGAAGAGUACAAGGAGGAUGAGGAGGACGAAGACGAGGAGAGCGACUUCCUCCUGAGCGAGGCCUCGGAGUCUGAGCUGGAGCCUGGCUCGCAGAGAGCGGUCACGGCAACACCAGUGAGGGCAAAGACCCAUUGCCGAGGCUUCGCUCCCAACGGCCUGCACAACUCCAUCAUGCUUCCGGUGUGGAAAUCCCUCUCCGUCACUCACCGCUUCCGAGAGCAGUUCCACUCUCCCUGGGAGUUUCCGGAGUGGGUGCCCUCUGCCCGGAAGUGGGCCUGCCUCUCGGAGAGGGAAGCAGAGGAGUACCUCCCGAGGGAGGCCAAGUCCCCGCUCUUCUCCAUCCAGCGAGAGGGUCUCCAGGAAGAGAGCAGUGUCCUCUACCGGGUCAACAGGUUCAGUGCCCUGCCGCCCCACCCAGAGCGCCUGGACACGACCUUCUUUGUGGGGGGGCCGGUCUGGGCGCUGGAGUGGUGCCCCACCCCGGAGGGCGCCCCAGCCACCCAGCACCUGGCCCUCUACUGCCACCCCGGCAUGGACGACCGGCGCCAUCUCUCGGGAACCCACCUGGGACCGGCCCUGCUCCAGCUCUGGGAGCUUGGCACCCUCCAGCAAGAUGCAGGGUCAGCCACCAAGCCAAGCCUGGCCUUUGCCAUUGCCACCGACCACGGCUGCAUCUGGGACCUGAAGUUCUGCCCUAGCGGUGCCUGGGAGCCCCCUUCCGUCCAGCGCAAGGCCCCCCAGAUGAGCCGCCUGGGCCUGCUGGCCGCGGCCUUCUCGGACGGGCAGGUGCUGCUCUACAGCCUUCCUCACCCGGAGGCCCUGAGGGCCCAACAGACAGCCCAGGUAACAGGCAGCGGAGGCCUCUCCCCUCGGCAGGCCAUCUACAAGGUCCAGUGCGUGGCCUCCUUGCAGGUCAGCUCCAUCCAGGCCGAGGGUUCCUCCGCUGAGUGCGGUCAGUGCUUCAGUGUGGCAUGGCUGCCCUCCAGGCCUCACGCGCACCUGGCCGCCGGCUUCUAUGAUGGCACUGUGGCCCUCUGGGACUUGACCACCACCUCUUUGCUGCUGCGGAUGCGCCAGGCGGACGGCUCCCUCCGGCUCUUCCCCUUCCACUCCUUCCUGGCCCACGACCAGGCCGUGCGCAGCAUCCAGUGGUGCAAGGCAGACAGCAACUUCCUGGUGACGGCCGGGAGAGACCGGAAGGUCAAGUUCUGGGACCUGCGUCGGCCACACGAGCCCCUCAACAGCAUCAAGCGCUUCCUGAGCACAGAGGUGGCCUGGCUACUCUCCUCCUGUGGGGUCACCGUGGCCCAGGACAACUGCUACGCCCCGUACGGCCUGUGUGGCAUCCACUACCUCGACGCUGGCUACCUGGGCUUCCGGGCCUACUUCGUGGCCCCCCGCAAGGGCACCGUCUGGAGCAUCUCUGGGUCCGACUGGCUGAACACGGUGGUCGCUGGAGACGUCACAGGGGAAGUGGUGGUGGCCAUGAUGCCCGACCUCUCCAUCAACCCCCACAACGUCAAGCGGCCCUCGGAUCGCAGAUUUCCCAUCUACAGGGGGGACCUCUUGCCCCGCAGCUGCCUCCUCCUCAGCAAAGAGGGCCCUGGAUCGGGGCCUGUGGGGCCGGGAGAGAGGCCCCGGGCAGCGGAGGGCAAGAGCUACGGCCAGGCAACGGCCCAGAGUUACCUCCUCUUCCAGGACACGGAUCUGAGGAGCUUCAAGAGCUUCCGCCGAAAGGCCCACAAGCAGGAGCAUCGCGGCUUCCCCGAAGCCAAGGAGGGGGUCAGCCUGGGGGGGCCGCAGCUGGAGGCCGUCCACAAGGUGUGCUUCAGCCCCAACCUGUCCUGCCACAGCUGGCUGGCCUCGGGCGGCCACUCGGGCCUGGUGCGCCUGCACUGCCUCCGCGCCCUGGUCUCCCCGCUCAGCCACAAGCUGCAGAGGGAGUGCCAGGCCCACGUGGGUGCCAUGGCCCAGGCCGACGGGGGCAGUCCUUCGGCGGCGGCGACAGCGACGGUGCCCCUCGCGGCUGUCAGCUGAAGACUCAGCAGAGGACCCUCAGGGCUCCACGGAGCAGAGAGAGUCGUGUGGAAGCCAGCAGCUGG